AUGCCUGAAAACCUACCACUGGAGGUCGAGCAGUUCGAGAGCCAGGAGAAGCCUAAUAUGGACGAAAUAGAGGUUGUCAAUUUAGGAGAUGAGGAAACUAUGAAGGAAAUCCGAAUUAGCAUACAUUUGGAGGCCGAAAGAAAGAAGGAGUUAAUAGAAUUUCUUAGGCAACAUGUCAACAUAUUUGCUUGGUCUUAUGACGAUAUGCCAGGGUUAUGCACCGAUAUCGUUUCACAUAGACUACCAAUUGAUCCCACCUGCUUACUCGUCAAACAAAAGACAAGAAAGUUCAAACCAAACUUGAGUCUAAGGAUCAAAGAAGAGAUACUGAUGAAUGAAGAUGAUGCAGAAAAGACAGCAUUUAUCACUUCAUGGGGAGUGUAUUGCUAUAGACUAAUGCCAUUUGGCCUAAAAAAUGCUGGUGCAACCUACAUGAGGGCCAUGACCGAUUUUUUCCAUGAUAUGAUCCACAAGAAAAUUGAAGUAUAUGUGGAAGAUAUCAUUAUCAAAUCCAAGAGGAGUUCGGAUCACCUAUAUAAGGAUGCUGCCACAAAAUGGACGGAGGAAUGUCAAAGGGCUUUCGACAAAAUCAAAGAAUAUUUGUCCAACCCACCAGUAUUAGUCCCACCUGAGCCAGGGAGGCCGUUGCUACUAUACUUAUCUGUCAUGGAUAAUGCAUUUGGAUGCGUAUUGGGACAACAUGAUCAGACAGGUAGAAGAGAGCAAGCCAUUUACUACUUGAGCAAGAAGUUCACACCAUAUGAGGCAAGAUAUACCUUGUUGGAACGAACAUGUUGUGCUUUGACUUGGAUCGCGCAGAAAUUUAGGCAUUACCUGUCUGCAUACACCACGUACUUAAUCUCAAGAUUGGAUCCACUCAAGUACAUCUUUCAGAAACCAAUGCCUAAAGGUAAAUUGGCAAAAUGGCAAAUUUUGUUGAGCGAGUUCGACAUUGUGUACGUGAAACAGAAGGCCAUCAAAGUACAAGCCUUGGCUGACCACCUCGCAGAAAAUCCAGUGGAUCAAGAUUACGAGCCGCUAAAAACUUACUUCCCUGAUGAAGAAGUGUUUUUUGUAGGUGAAGACAUAUCAGAACCAUGCGAUGGCUUGAGGAUGUUUUUUGAUAGAGCGUCAAAUUCCAAGGGAGUUGGAAUAGGAGCAGUUUUAAUUUCAGAAACAGGUCAAUAUUAUCCAAUUUCAGCCAAGAUUAGGUUUGAUUGUACCAAUAACAUGGCAGAGUAUGAAGCUUGUAUUCUUGGGCUUAGAAUGGCCAUAGACAUGAACGUCAAAGAGCUUUUGGUCAUAGGCGAUUCUGACUUAUUGGUUCAUCAGGUGCAAGGAGAAUGGGCUGCUAAGAAUGUGAAGAUCCUUCCUUAUUUGCAUUGCAUAAAGGAGUUGAGUAGGAGAUUCAGAAAGAUUGAAUUCAAACAUGUCCCUCGAGCUCAAAAUGAAUUUGCCGAUGCUUUGGCAACAAUAUCCUCAAUGAUUCAGCAUCCGGACAAGAAUUACAUCGACCCUAUUAAAGUAAAGUUAUAUGAUCGACAUGCAUAUUGUUUUUAUGUUGAUGAGGAAUUGGAUGGAAGACCAUGGUACUAUGACAUCAAGAGAUUGAUAGAAGAAAUACAUGCAGGAACAUGUGGACCUCAUAUGAAUGGGUUCACUCUAGCUAAGAAGAUCUUAAGAGCUGGAUAUUUUUGGAUGACCAUGGAGAGAGAUAGCAUUUGA